AUGAGUUCUAACUCGAAACACAUCGAAAUUAGAAUUCUGGAACCAGAUGAAAAGGAAGAUGCUACCCGAAACGUCGUCUUAUUUCUCGCUUUGACCGUUUUGACCGCAGCUGCCGAUAUUUUGAUCAACCAAUCAAGAAAUUCGAAAGAUGAAAAAGAAGUCAAGGUUGAUUAUGACCCAGCUGUAAUGGUUUUUCUGAUCGAAUUUAUCAAACUUGGACUUAAUUUCUUAUUACUUUCUGUGUGUCUGAAAGAUGUGAAGCGAGCUGUUGAAGUAUCGAAGUAUGAGAUUUUCUCAAAUUGGGUUGAAACGUUCAAGUGUUCAGUGCCUGCUUUUAUUUACGUCAUUCAGAAUAACUUGUCGUAUUUGGCCUUGACCUAUCUUGACCCUGGCACUUUUGAGAUUACUUUGCAGCUCAAGUUACUAACUACAGCUUUAUUAAUGAGACUGAUUCUAGAUAAAAGAUUGAACAUAUAUCAAUGGGCUUCGUUGACUAUACUGCUUAUAGGUGUAUGUAUAGUUGAAUCAGAGGAGUUUGGACUUUUUAAUGAAAAUUUUUCUCUGAAAGAGGCGAAAGGCGCGGAACAUUUGCUAAUAAAAAGUAGGCUGAAUGCAACUUCAAAUAUUUUAUCAGACCAGAAAAGCGGCAGUUUUAACUUCAUUAAGGGCGUGCUAGCGGCUGUUUCGAUGACAUUUAUGUCGGCUUUAGCGGGAGUUUACUUUGAAAAAUUAUUGAAAGAGACAAAAUCUAAAGAUUCCACGACGAUUAGUGGCAAAAAUAGAAAAGGCUCCGAGGCUACUGGUGUGAAUAAAUUGUGGAUUCGAAACAUCCAAAUGUUUCUUUUCUCAGUUCCCAUCGCUUUUAUUGGGAUAGUUUUGAAGCGUCAGGAUAGAAAAUCUACCGAUUUAUUAGAAGGUUUCGAUUUUCUGGCCUGGCUUGUAGUUGCAGCUGGAGUGUCAGUGGGACUGACAACAAGUUUGACCUUGAAGUAUUUGAAUAAUAUUUACAAGAAUUUUGCGUCUUCAGUUUCGAUUGUUCUGGCUUCUUUGAGCGCGAUGUUUUUUGCUGGGAAAGAUUAUGGGAUCAACUUUUUCAUUGGUAGUACUCUAGUUUUUGGAUCACUUUUUAUGUACUACAGAAGUGGCAGAUAA